GUGAUUAGCAGCCUAAGCUUUGUAGUCUUGUAGAGUCAGCUAUGGUGAUGUAUAUAAAAGGCCCUUUGACCGGGUUUCCCCCAUCUUAUCCUUUUUCAUGAUAAAUUCGACGGCCGCCGUUAGACGAUGACAGUAUCCACGGCGAAGCUCCCGGUCAUAGACCUCUCUUCUCCCGAUCGCUUAUCCACUGCCAAUUCAAUCCGUCAGGCAUGCGUCGACUACGGCUUCUUCUACCUCGCGAAUCACGGAGUGGAAGAAGAACUGAUCGAGAUAGCGUUCGAGGAGAGCCGCAAGUUCUUCUCGCUUCCGCUGGACGAGAAAAUGAAGCUGCCUCGCAAGGAACACAGAGGCUACUCUCCGUUGUACGCCGAGAAUCUCGAUCCGGACUCCAGUUCCAAAGGUGACUCGAAGGAAGCUUUCUACGUUGGUCCUGUACGUGGUUCCGGCAACAAAGCGGAGCUGAACCAGUGGCCUUCUCCAGGUACUGUAAUCAUUCCCCAAUGUUUCCGCUAGUACUUUUGAAUUGAGCUGUGUGCAACAUUACUCCCUGUUGUUGUUUGGAUGAGGAAAUUUCAGAAGUUCUUCCUUCAUGGAGGUCGACAAUGGAGUCUUAUCAUGGAAAGGUCAUGUCAGCUGCAAGAAGACUAAUCUCCUUGAUUGCUCUGGCUUUGAAAUUGGAUGAAGAUUACUUUGUCAAGGUUGGAGCCCUGGAUGAUCCGGAAGGCUUUCUUCGUCUCUUACAUUAUCCUGGUGAACUGGGUUCUUCUGAUGAAGAACCAAUAUAUGGUGCUUCUGCACAUUCAGACUAUGGAAUGACCACUUUACUCUUAACUGAUGGUGUAGCAGGACUCCAGGGCUCUGCCUGAUAGCAGGUCUGUAGGGAGAAGUGGAGACAACCUAGGGUCUGGGAAGAUGUACCACAGAUACAUGGGUGCUUCAUCGUUAACAUCGGAGACAUGAUGGAGAGGUGGACAAAUUGCUUGUUCCGGUCCACCCUGCAUCGAGUGAUGCCAACUGGACAAGAACGCUACUCGAUGGCGUUCUUCAUGGAUCCUAAUCCAGAUUGCAUUGUCGAGUGUUUAGAGAGUUGUUGCAGCGAGUCUUGUCCUCCCAGGUUUCCUGCUAUACGGAGUGGCGAUUACUUCACUGAGCGGUUUAGGCUGACCUAUGACUAGUAGAGUGAAGGCUAAGCACAGAAUGGCAUCUGCUUUGUAUUAUAUAUCAUCUGGUUUUUUCUUCUCUCUGUUGUAAUUUUGUAAAAUGACAAAACAUAAAUUCCAAGGUUUGAAUCCGUGGUGAAUG